GGCCCCGGAGGGGGGGGUUGGGGAGGGGAAAAAAGGCAUCCCCACCCUGGCCAGCAUCGGAGCCGAAGCAGGAGAGAAAAAAAGAGGGGAAAAAAAGCAAUACCCUUUGGAAAAAAAUCGAGAUUUUGCAAAUCAGAGCCUUUGCAAAGAGAUUGGAUUUUUUUUUUUUUUGCAAAAAAUAAAAAUCCGGGUUUUUGUUUUUUUUUGCAAAGCCAUUGCAUGGCAAGGCUCUGACAUGUCUGGAUCGGUGAUGGCGGCGUAAAGGAGAGUGGGGGGCGAGGAUGGAGCCCCCAAAGCCAGCCGGCAUCAAGGAGGAGCCCCGGGAGCCAGGAGAGGAGCCGUCCCCCGAUUCCCAGGGCGGGUUGAGCUCGGGGCGUCCGCUGUGGCGCGGCCAUGCCAAGGAGGCCUCUGCGCUCCUGGCCGGCGGGCGGAAGUACUCGGACCACUGCGAGGAGCGGGCCUCCCGGCCUGGCAAGAGCCGCAUCCCCGGGCGGGACCACCGGCGCUACUACCACGAGCACUGGCGGGCCGAGUACCUGAUGGACUUCAACGCCGCGCGGCACGGCAUGAUCUGCAUGGUGUGCGGGAGCUCGCUGGCCACCCUCAAGCUCAGCACCAUCAAGCGCCACAUCCGGCAGAAGCACCCGUACUCCCUGGCGUGGAGCGCCCACGAGAAGGAGGUCAUCAUGCACAGCUGGGACGCCCACCUGGGGCUCCAGGCCGAGGCCGAAGGGGGCCGGGACCCGGACGAAGCCCCCGACACCCUGCAACGGAGCCACGGGGGAGAGGUGUCCCUUGGCCGUGGGCGGAGGCGGCGUCACCGUGUCCCGGGCCCGCUCUCCCCUCGCGUGGGGCGCCGCCCGCCCGGCCUGGCGCUGAAGGUCUCCUCGGAGGGAGAGGCCCGGAGCCUGGAGCGCUACCUGAAGGAGUCCCUCCAGAGCUGGUUCCAGUCCGAGUUCCUGAUGGACUACGACCCGCAGGGGAACCAGCUCUUCUGCAUGAUGUGCGGCUCCUCCCUGCCCAGCCUCAACCUGGACGACAUCAAGCGCCACGUGAUGGACGCCCACCCCAGCUCCAUGGGCUUCAGCGCCGACGAGAAAGCCGCCAUCCUGGAGGCGUGGAACUCCCGCGUGUCCGUCAAGGACAGGAACGCAGCGGAAGAGGAGGAAGAGGAGGAGGAGGAAGAGGAGGAGGAGGAAGAGGAGGAGGAGGAGGAGGAGGCCGGCUUGGACCUGCGCAUGAAGGACGUGUCCACGUCUCCCGACCGCCCCGCCGACGAGGACGGCUCCGAAGAGGCCGGCCCUUGGGACUCGGAAGGGAGCAGCCCCCCGGCACCGUCCCGCGGCCGGGACCACCGCCGCUACUUCCAGGAACACUGGCGGGUGGAGUACCUGAUGGACUACAACGGCUUGCGCCACGGGCUGGUGUGCAUGGUGUGCGGGAGCGCCCUGGCCACCCUCAAGAUGAGCACCAUCAAGCGGCACAUCCAGCAGAAGCACCCGGACUCCACGCGCCUCAGCCACCACGUCAAGGCCCUGAUCGUCCAGGAGUGGAGCCAGAAAGUCGCCCGACUGGCCGAGGCCGAGGACUCCGCGCCCGAGAUGGACACCGAGGAAUCCAAAGAGGAACCACAGCACGACCACAAGCCGCCCUUGCCGCCAAAAGACCAUCGAGAAGAUGCGGCAACAUCCACCGGAGCGGAAGAGGAGGAAGAGGAAGGGCUGGCGGGAGGCGGGCUGGCUCCCUCGCAACCCUCUCCCCCGGCGGGGACCCGGUCCCGGCGGUGGCAGCGCCGCAACUACCAGCCGCGCUGGCGGGAGGAGUUCCUCAUGGACUACGACGAGGGACGCCACGGCCUGAUCUGCAUGGUGUGCGGGGGCACCUUGGCCACCCUCAAGGUCAGCACCAUCAAGCGGCACAUCCUGCAGGUGCACCGCUUCUCCCUGGGCUACACCCAGCUGGAGAAGCAGACCAUCCUCGAGGCUUACGCCGAGAACGAGACGGGGACAAGCCGCCGGGAAGCCGGACCACGUCCCGGAGCCACGGCCUCGGCCGACGGGCCCGACUCCGAGCCCCGCGACGUCAAGCCGGAUAUCCAAGAAAUGGGGAAAAUGGCCUUCGGGUGCAAUUUGUCCAUAUGUACAGUGUAGCCACGCAUCCAUUUCUCCUACGGAAAAAAAAAACAUACAACCUGAUCUCUCCUCCCAUUGCCUCUCAAUACAGAGUCUUGUAAUUCUCACUUGUAAUGUUUCUGCAACUGGAAGGAUUGGUGCCCAUGCCAGGAAAGUUCUCGUUGUGUUGUCGGAAUCGCUGGGAUGUUGUGCGUUUUCCAGGAAGCAUUCCCUCCUGACGUUUCACCCACAUCUAUGGCAGGCAUCCUCAGAGGUUGUGAGGUCUGGCGGAAACUAGGCGAGUGGGGUUUAUAUAUGAGUGGAAUAAUGUCCAGGGUGGGAAAAGGAACUCUUGUCUGUUGGAGGCAGGUUUGAACAGCUAACAUCUCCCAACAGAAAAAGUAGUUGAAUACGCAGUAAUGUUAUGUAGUAAUUACUGUAUUUACAAAUUUAACACCAAAAUAUCACGAUAUAUUGAAAACAUUGACUACAAAAAUGCCUUGGAUAAUCCAGAACCAUGGAUAAGUGAGACUCUACUGUAUAUGCGAAAAUUAAGAAAGGAAGGUUUAUAUAUCUGUGGAAUAAUAUCCACGGUUAGAGAAGAACUCUUGUCAGUUGGAGGCCAGUGUGAAUGUUGUAAUUAAUCACCUUAAUUAGCAUUGAAUAGCUUAAUCUCCUGGCUUCUUCCUGCCUGGGGGAAUCCUUUGUUCAGAGUAGUUAGCUGUCCCCCGAUCGAUUCAUGUCUGUAUUAAUACUGUAUUAAAAAACUCAAAAAUCAGAGCAGUAAAUAAGAAGCAUUACUCUGAAAACAGAGGAGUUCCAGACAGGAAACCAUUAGGGCCAUCACUUCUCUUGGAACACUGGACUUGGAAUAUUGAAUUAGCAUUGAAUAGCCUUGCAGCUUCAAAGCCUGGCUUCCUGCCUGGGGGAAUCCUUUGUUCAGAGUAGUUAGCUGUCCCCUGAUUGAUUCAUGUCUAUAUUAAUACUGUAUUAAAAAACUCAAAAAUCAGAGCAGUAAAUAAGAAGCAAUACUCUGAAAACAGAAGAGUUCCAGACAGGAAACCAUUAGGGCCAUCACUUCUCUUGGAACACUGGACUUGGAACAUUGAAUUAGCAUUGAAUUGCCUUGCAGUUUCAAAGCCUGGCUUCCUGCCUGGGGGAAUCCUUGCUUGGGAGGUCCUGAUUUACUGUCCGGAUUUUAGAAUUUUAAAAAUACUAUUAAAAUUUAAUAAUAUUUUAAUAACAUUAAAAUAUGUAUAGAAAAUACGUAUCAUUAAAAAUAAUAUUUGAAAUUGUCCACAUGGAUUUCAGUGGCUUCUCUGUGUCAUCCGACAUGAGUUGUUGGAGUGGUCGAGUAUUUCUGUGUUCUCAAAUAAUAUUCUGAGUCCAGGUUGGUUCAUCAAGUGCUCUGCUAUGACUGACUUUUUUGGUAGACUUAGUCUGCAGUGAUUUUAAUGUUCCUCGAUUCGAGUUUGCGCAAUGCUGCUGUGUUUGGUGGUCUCUCUGUAGACUUGUCCACAGCUGCAUGUUAUACGGUAGACUCCUACAGAGGUGAGAGGAUCUCUCUUGUCCUUUGCUGAACAUAAACGACACAGAGAAGCCAUUGAAAUCCACAAGCCUGUGGACGAUUUCAACAGAAAGGAGAAAACCAUGAAAAUGAACAAAAUCUGAUUUUCAAUAUUAAAAAAAAUUCUAAAAUCAGGACAGUAAAUAAAGAGCCAUACUCAGGGAACAGAGGAAUUCCAAACAUGAAACAAUCAGGGUCAACUAACACCUCCCAACAAAGGAUUCCUCCAGAAAGGAAGAAGCCAGGCUUCGAAGCUACAAGGCCAUUCAAUGCUAAUCAAGAUGACCAAAUGCAACAUUCAACCGACAGAAGUCCUUUCUCAAAUCCUGGACAUCAUUCCACAGUUAUAUACAGUGUUCCCUCACUUAUCGCUGGGGUUAGGUUUCAGGACCACCCGCAAUAAGUGAAAAUCCGUGAAGUAGGGACGCUAUAUUUAUUUUAAUAUUUAUACAUUAUUUUAGUAGUUAUACACUAUUUUAAGGCUUUAUCAACCAAUCGUGUGUUGAUAAAUCGCCUUCUUUUCCCGUUGGCGCUUGGGCUCCUUUUCUCUCCCUUUGGCUUCUCCUUCCACCCUUCAUUAGGCUGUAAAUUCUAAUUUUUUAAAUGAUUUUUAAUGACAUUAAUGAUUUAAUGUCUUUUAGAGUUUACUAGCUGUGCCCGGCCACCCAUUGCUGUGGCGUUGUCUGGUGGUGUCUGUAUUUUAUAGGCAGUGUGGAAGAGGCCUAAGUGAGGCCUAACUCUGCCUGUCCCCUGGGUGAGUGGGUUGCUAGGAGGCCAAGUGGGCGGAGCUUACCCUUCUAACUGGCAGCAAUUGAAUAAAAUCAAUUAUUCCUCUCCCUCUAAUUAGGACUUUAUUUUUCUUUUCUUUUUGUUGUAUCAACCUAGAGGCGUGGAUGAUGGGUUGUGUUGUCAAUUUUUGAGGUUGUGGGGUGUUUAGUUUUGUUGUUCUGGCGGUCGCCAGGAUUCCAUCACUCUUUUAUAUAUAUAGAUCUUAAUAGUUAUACACUAUUUUAAGGCUUUAUCGACCUUUAUCGUGUGUUGAUAAAUCCUUCUUUUCCCGUUGGCACUUGGGCUCCUUCCUCCCUUCCUUAAGCUGUAAAUUGUAAAAAAAAAUGAUUUAUAAGUCUUUUAGAGUUUAUUGAGAAACCACAAAACAGUGAAUCCGCUAAAAAUUAACUGCGAAUUACUGAGGGAACACUGUAAACCCCACUUUCCUAGUUUCCAACACACCUCACAACGUAUGAGGAUGCCUGCCAUAGAUGUGGGAGAAACGUCAGGAGAGAAUGCUUCUGGAACACGGCCAGACAGCCCAGAAAACUCACAGCAACCCAGUGAUUCCAGCCUUCGACAAUACCUCUGCUUUGGAUCAAUGGCACUUAACAGAUUAGAUGGAGCCACAGUCUGAUUUCAGGGAGCUUUGUUUACAUUGUGUUGUCAAAGGCUUUCAUGGCCGGGAUCACAAGGUGGUUGUGUGUUUUCCGGGCUGUAUAGGCAUGGUCCAGAAGCAUUCUCUCCUGACGUUUCGCCCACAUCUAUGGCAGGCAUCCUCGGUUCUUGUGUGUUUUCCAGGCUGUCUGGUCAUGUUCCAGAAGUAUUCUCUCCUGACGUUUCACCCACAUCUAUGGCAGGCAUCCUCAGAGGCUGUGAAGUAUGGAGAAACUAAGCAAGGAAGGUUGAUAUAUAUAUCUGUGGAAAGUCCAGUUAGGGUUGAAGCUAUUCAAUGCUAAUCGGGGUGAUUAACAACAUUCACACUGGCCUCCAACUGACACCCUGGACUUUUCACAGAUAUAUAUAAACCUUCCUUGCUUAGUUUCUCCAUACUUCACAACCUCUGAGGAUGGCUGCCAUAGGUGUGGGCAAAACGUCAGGAGAGAAUGCUUCUGGAACAUGGCUAUACAGCCCGGAAAACACGCAACAAGCCUUUGUUUACAUUGCUGAACAAAGCCAGUCCUCUUGAUUAGAAUAAAAUAGAACCCAAGAUGAGGACCAUGCAUGAUUCAAGACUUCAUUGAAGAAAGCAGUCUCGAAAGUUGCACUUAUUCUCCACGACAACCACCUUUAUCUAGAGAUCGACUUCACUAGAUUUAUCCUUUAUCAUGAAAGUUGCUUUUGCCAAUCUGCUCUCCAUCCACUUUUUUUUGUAAAAACAGUGAAUACCGAGGUCCCUUCCCAGUGAUGCCCGUGAUGACCUUGUGGCCGUGUCGCAACCUUGUCCGUGUUUCUCGUGAAAAAGGGUGUGUUUUUUAUAUCGAUAUUAUAUUAUUAUUAUAUAUGUAUAUAUAUAUAAGCACUACGUUUUGUAAAACAGGUUACGUCCAGAAUAAAUCCUUUAAAGUUACGCUAUUUUA